AUGUCUCACCCUCAGUCCAUCUUCCACCAUACCACAUUAAAACCAGGUUCACUCCUCCACCGUCGAAGGACUACAGUCUCAAAGACAACACUCCAUACACAGCUCAAGAGACUUCGCGAGACCGGCCGCUACGAUUGCUUCAAAUUGCAAUGGCAUGAGAUCUACGCGGACAAGUCCAUGUGGCCUGUUCCUUUCCAUCUCUUCUGGGAUAGCGACAUCGCGAAGUGGAUCGAGGGCGCUUGUUAUUUUCUUCAUGAUGAGUUUGAUGGUGAGAUUGACGCUGCGGUGAGAGAUUUGGUUGACAUGAUACGGGCAGCGCAGCAGGAUGAUGGAUACUUGAAUGUUCAUUAUACUGUUGUUGAGCCGGGAAAGCGGUGGACGAAUCUGCAGGAUAUGCAUGAAUUAUACAACGCUGGUCAUCUGAUCGAAGCAGCCCUCGCUCACCACCAAUACUACAAGAACAACCUUCUUUUAGAGCCCAUUGAGAAAUACGUUGCCUUGAUUCGCCGUACCUUUGGACCAGGCGAUAACCAACUACACGGCUACCCCGGGCAUCCUGAGAUCGAAUUGGCACUGUUCCGCUUAUACCAAGUCACCGGAAACAAAGACGCUUACGAUCUAUCCCGAUACUUCCUUGAAGAACGAGGUAACCACAAAGGUCAGCACGGACAGCAUUACUUCGAAUGGGAGUCGAAACAACGUGGUCAGAGUCUUUACCAUCGACCUGAUUCGUACCCUGAGCAUGCGUCCCACUGGUACUGUCAGGCUCAUCAACCCAUUCUGGAACAGCAAACCAUCGAGGGUCAUUCUGUACGUGCGAUGUAUCUACUCACCGCCGUAGCCGAUAUGCUCUGCAUCGAUGAAUCUGGGUCUCAAUCACUCUCUUCCUCAUCAGACUGGAAGAAUACCGUAUACCGCCUCUGGGACAACAUGGUCACCAAGAAGAUGUAUCUCACCGGCGGUAUCGGCGCCAUCAAACAAUGGGAAGGUUUUGGCCGUGAUUAUUUCCUCCCUCAAUCUACCGACGAAGGCGGAUGCUACGCUGAGACCUGUGCAUCCAUUGCAGUUAUGAUGCUUGCCGAACGACUGCUGCAUGUCGAGCUUGAUGCAAAGUUUGGGGAUGUGAUGGAGCUUUGUUUGUAUAACAAUGUCAUGACUGCGAUGAGUCUUGAUGGAAAGGCGUUCACGUAUGUCAAUCAGCUUGGGAGUUCGGAGAGUGAUAAGAGUGUGAGGGAGGAGUGGUUUUGGUGCGCUUGUUGUCCGCCGAAUGUGACGCGUUUGUACGGGUCGUUGGGGGGAUACCUCUGGGACUUUGGGGAGGAGAACGAGAAGGGGGUGUUUGUCAAUGUGCAUUUGUACACGAAAGCUGAGUUGAAGUUUGGGACUGGGGCGGGAGAGGUUAUCCUUCGGCAAGACACGGAUUGGCCAUGGGAUGAACUCGUUACGUUUCGACUUAAGAGUCCUACGUCGGUGAACACUACGAUACGACUCAGGAUUCCAGGCUGGUCUCAGAAUCAGUAUACCUUGGAACCUGAGCCUAGCGAAGGUAGUGUUUACUUGGACAAAGGCUACCUCGCACUCGAUCCAGCUUACACGGCAGCGAAUCCCGCCUUCUCACUCACCAUCGGCAACUUCACACCUCGUUAUAUCGCUCCACAUCCAUACACCAACCAGCAUACCUUGACACUUGCCCGAGGACCUCUAGUGUACUGUAUCGAGGAUGCAGACAAUGCACGGGAAGAUAAUCACUUCAAGGACGUUGGGCUAAAGGCAAGUGGUACUGUCAAGGAGGAAAGGCAAUGUAUUGAUGGGACGGAAGAAGAGUAUAUUGCUUUAAGGACUUCAUACUGGCGACGCAGUUUGAAGUUUGAUGAGACGCGGCCAACUCCUGGUUUUGUUGUCGAGGGCAAUGAGUCGGAUUUUGAUGGUGAGGAGGAGGGUGUCUUUGUGCCGUAUUACCUCAGGGCUAACCGAGGAGGGAACGGGCAUAUGCGAGUUGGUCUUCACCAUAUACAAAGCUAG